CGAAAGGUGUCCUGGUGCAGACUUGCUGUAUUCAAAGCACACUUCCAUGGCUCAGCCGCCACCUCCACUUCUCAAACAUCCUGUCGGUCCGUCGCCGACUCCCAACGUGGCCCAGGGCGCAAACGGCGCCGCCACUACCGCCGGCGCUCAAUUUAUGCCCCGACGGGAGUUCAUUCGUGACCACAGGAUCGCUUCCUCUUUCUCACUCCUCGCUCUCUCUGGCUCUGGGUUUGUCAGGCUCUACUCCUUCUCCGCCACCGUAAUCACUGCUCUCCGACGGCUCUUUGACUACCGCAGCCUCAUCUCCUCAGUCCGCGAGCAUGCGCCAAAGCACUUCUUCGAGUUCUCGCUUGAGGGCAAGCCGUGGAGUAAUGCCAAGAGCAUCACCUCAGAGAAGCUCAUCAUAGAUAUCCUCACCAUCAUUCUUCAUUGCGGAUACAUCUUUCUCUCUACCAUCGACUAUGGCCGUGAGCCAGACGACAAGCUUGCCAUUGUGUUUUCCAGGCCCCAGGUGGCACCGCCUGGGCCGUUUCCCUUCUCCAACGGCUCAGCAGUCUCGCUGAAUCCAUCAGUGGUCAAGACCCCAUUUGCUAUAUCCUUCUCUUCUACCACGCUGUUGCGUGUCGUCGGACCUCCCUUGCAUUCUACGCCUGCUGUACUCCAGGCCGUGAGAGGCGCAUGGCCUCGUGGAGUUAUUUCAGAGAAAAAGGUUGGAGACGCGACGUACGAGUUUAAGCUCAAAGGGUACAAAUGUGAGCAUGGCUAA